UCCUCGAUGACCUCACCGACCAGUCUCGAAGCUCUUGCGCGAGCGGCCAUCUUCCCCCAUAAAGGAGAGCAGUUGGGCCCGAACCUUCUAGGAUACUUCCUCGAUUCUCUCUUCCUGGGUUUCGAAUUCAUGCUGUUCGCUCACUGGGCCGCAUGGAGCUGGAAAGAUCGAGCCUUGAUCCGGAUCCUCGUCUGCUGCUCUGUGGUCUUCUCACUCGCCGUAUCGUGUUUUAAUCUGUCUUGUCUUCUUCACCUUUUCGGUUUCAAUUUCGGGGAGUAUGCAAACUUCUUCAAGGCCGACUACAUUGCUUGGUUCGGCGUCCUUAGUGUGCUCCCCACCGUUUCGACCCAACUCUUCUACAUCGACAGAGCCUACAGGCUCAACGGAAAGUCUCUCCUCAUCGCCGUCCCGACUUUCGCCUUGACCUUGGCAACGCUCGCGUCAGGCGUCGGGCGCACCAUCAUCCUGCUUAGUACAAAGGUUGAAACGGGAUACAAUGUCCGCGUGGCGGUGCAGCAACCGACAUAUGAAGCUAUGAACUAUCUCUGGAUCAUAUCUACACUCCUGAAUGAGCUGACUCUCGCGGGACUCAUCGUCUUUGGACUGACCAAGUCCAAGUCUGAAUGGCCGCAGACCAGCUCGACAGCACAAAAGGCGCUCUUCCUCACUGUUGAAGCUCAGCUUCCUUCAGCACUGAUAUUUCUCAUUCUUGCUCUUGUCCGCCUCAUUCGCCCCACUUCGACGGUCGGUACUUUUUUCGAACAUUGGCACACCAAGGUCUUCACCCUUGGCCUUCUGGUCUUGCUUAACUCUCGUUUCUCUCUUCUCAAGACCAGUGAUGGUUCCGAGAACACAUGGAAUAAGGGCGCGAGUCAUCUCCACCAAGCCACAAUCAACGUCCUCACCGAGACGUAUAUCGAGUCUUCCCGCGUCGAUCCUCCCAAAGUCGGCUUGAAUAGAGACUUUGCUCAGCGAAACUCUCUCGAUGCGAUUUCUGAAGACGAAGACAAGGAUCCUCAGGGAUACAAUGACCUUUCUUACAUGCAGAAUGACUCGAGCAUGGGUCUGACCACGAACUAUCCAGAGGACAUCAAGGUGGUAUUGCGAUAGGGCAGCAGGGUAUAGCUGGUGAUUCAUUAUGCACUUUACAUUCAUUCCUUGGUUCUUGUUCGUAUCUUGCAUUAGUAUCUGAG